AUGACAGUACCACUGCCCGUGGAACUGUUACUCGAGAUCGCAACACUUCUGCAAAAUGACGGGAGCUCUCUAGUUCCAUGCACUUCUGUUUGUCGCUCAUGGCAGGCGGCCUUUGAGCCCCUCAUCUACUCCACCAUCGCUGUCUAUAGUGACGAUGAGCACAAAGAAAAACGGCAACGUGGAAUGUCUCUCGCAAAUUUCCAAAAACUCACAUCCGGCGAUCGUGCUAUACGGCAAACCUGGAUCCGAAAUCUAGAGUACGAUAUCCUCGUCCCCUACGAACUAUUGGACUGGACCACACGUAAAGAGUUGGGGAAUUCUAAAGGUUACUGUAUAGAAAACCCUAUCAGAAAGGCCAAUGAUCUAGCUUUUCAGACGGCUAUAGUUAGACUUUUCCAAGUGCUUCACUCACGUGACCAGAGUGCCCGCCUCAAAUUGUAUCUAUAUGUCCGAGGACGUCGAUAUAACCCUGCACCAGAACCAUAUACUCAGCACUGGGAUAUCGCUGGUGAUUAUCGUUGGGAUUACAAAAAAGGACGUAUAUUUUCAAUACCCCCAUACCGGGCGCGUUUUCUCAACAAUGGUCCAGAUCUAGCAUCUGUUCCAUGCAUUGAGAAGCUCUCUUUCCUAAACCACGAUCCCUCCUGGGACCAGCAUCAUCAAAUCUGGACUGGAGCAGUGCAAACUAUACUCCAGAGCUGUCCAAAAAUCACGGAACUAGAGGUCAAUCUCAACGAAUGGGUCCGUCCUGAUCACUUGGAGUAUAUACAAGCACGUCGUGCAGCACUAUCCUCUCUUAUCGGUUCUAUUCCAAGGAGCCUAAGGGUGCUAGACUAUGAAGGGGAGAAGGAUGGCCCGUGGAAGCCGUCCAUGUCUGCACUAAAUGUCAUCCCUUCUGGGAUUGAUAGUAUGAGCCUUAAGCUGCGAGAUCUCAGCGUUCACCUUCAGGAAUUAAAGUUGAAAAACACAGCUAUUCCGUUUGACUUCAUGUGUCCUUUAGAUGGUGAAGGCAAGCCUAACCUAGGCUCCUUACACUGGCCCCAUCUGGAGAUAUUGGAGGUUGAGUGUGUGCCACCCUGGCUUCCUUCAGGAGAAUGGACUUUCCACCACACGGCGGAGGACCAGGCCGAAAUCGACCAGAUCGACGACUGGGAAGACGAGAUAUGCGAUGUCGAGCGGGGAUGGGGCUGGCCAUCAGUGAGGAUAGAAGAAAAUUUCCAUCGACUUCUCAUAUCGCUGGGCUACGCGGCCCAACGUAUGCCCGCUUUGAAACGGAUGAAAUUCGAAGUCGAGGGCGAUUCCCAGUUUAAUCUAUAUUUUCGAAACGCCGACAAGAUCACCUUGGGAUGGGAAUGCUCCCCUGGAUAUCAGCCAGAUAGUCGGGUUACAAUGGCCUGGGGCUUUGCACUGGAUGAUCUGAAGAUUUCCUUUGCGUUCCAGGAUAUGUGUUCUGUGAUCCUUCAAAGCUGGCCGCCCAACACGCCUAUCUAG